GCCAGGCCCGGAUAUUACUUCUCGCCGCCCUAACCCUUUUCUCUUUCUCUCUCUCACUAUGUCAUGGCCUUAGGGCCCCUUCGUUCCAUAUCUCAUCAUCGCUGCCUUCUUUCUUCCUCUUUUCUCGUUCCUCUCCGGGUCUUCGCUUCCGCUGCAGCGGCGCCGCUUGCGCGCCCAGACCAUCGGUCGCCACCGCCGCCGCCGCCGCAGAAGCCUACGAGCACCAUCAACGCAGCUCUGGCGCAGAAGAUCGGGAAGGCCAUCCGCCGGCCUGGCGCCGCCUCCAAGGCCCGGACUCACUCUGACAUCAACGUCCUUCGACCUAAGGACUACUGGGACUAUGAGUCCCUCACCGUACAAUGGGGGGAGCAGGAUGAUUAUGAGGUGGUGAGGAAGGUGGGGAGGGGUAAGUACAGCGAGGUGUUUGAGGGGGUUCACUCCUCCAAUAACGAGCGUUGCAUUAUCAAGAUCCUCAAGCCUGUCAAGAAGAAGAAGAUUAAGAGGGAAAUCAAGAUAUUGCAGAACCUAUGUGGGGGGCCAAACAUCAUAAAGUUGCUUGAUAUUGUCAGGGAUCAGCAGUCAAAGACUCCUAGUCUAAUAUUUGAGUAUGUCAACAAUACAGAUUUUAAAGUUCUCUAUCCCACCCUAUCAGACUAUGACACCAGAUACUACAUCUAUGAAUUGUUAAAGGCACUAGACUAUUGCCAUUCUCAAGGAAUCAUGCAUCGAGAUGUGAAGCCUCACAAUGUUAUGAUUGAUCAUGAGCAGCGAAAACUUCGCUUGAUUGAUUGGGGUUUAGCAGAGUUCUAUCAUCCAGGAAAAGAGUACAAUGUUCGUGUUGCUUCAAGGUACUUUAAGGGUCCAGAACUACUUGUUGAUUUGCAAGAUUAUGAUUAUUCUUUGGACCUAUGGAGCUUAGGUUGCAUGUUUGCUGGGAUGAUAUUCCGUAAGGAGCCUUUUUUUUAUGGGCAUGAUAAUUAUGAUCAGUUGGUAAAAAUUGCAAAGGUGCUUGGAACCGAUGAGCUGAAUGCUUAUUUGAAUAAGUAUCGUCUAGAGCUUGACCCAAAUCUGGAGGCUCUUGUUGGGAGGCAUAGCAGGAAGCCAUGGACAAAGUUUGUAAAUGCUGAGAAUCUGCAUCUGGCUGUUCCUGAGGCGAUCGACUUCUUGGACAAGUUGCUUCGGUACGAUCACCAGGAGAGGCCAACCGCAAAAGAAGCCAUGGCCCAUCCAUACUUCAAUCCAGUGAGAAAUGCUGAAAGCAGCAGGAGCUAAAGCUGUGUAUUAGAGAUAUAUAUGCAUCAUUCCAUUUGCGUGCAGUCUAUUUGGUGUUUGGUUUCCGGGAUUUUUACCAUUAAAAUGUGUCUAUUAUUAUUAUUAUGUGGGUGGUGUGUGUGUGUAUUGCUUUCUUCUUGUCUUUCCUUUGCUUUGCUUUUGUAUUUCACAUGAACUAAAAUUUAGAAACAUACCCGAAGUUAUUUAACAGUCCCUUUUCUUUUAUUAA